AUGAUCGCUAAAUCUAGUUCGGAUCUACCCGCCGGCACCAGCAGUAGUGACAAUAACGCUACGACUAGUGAGAAGAAUAACGUUGUCAUACCUCCCAAUAAUAACAAAUUGCUAUCGUCUAAUAUUGAUAAAAUGAUAAAUGAGAGAAAUGACAGGAUGGUCCAAUUAUAUUGCAUGUCAAGAUUAAGCGACCUUUUAAAGAUCAAUGAUAGAAAAGAAAUACAUGAACAAAUUGAUCAAUUCGUUUCUGAAAAUAAUAUAAGGAAGGGUAAAAAGUUUCAAAGGCAUACGUUACCAAGAUCUUCAUAUCUCUUACAAAGAAAAUCAAUUUCACCAGAAAAUAUUGUAAAUAAGAACAAUAAAUCAUCCCGAACGCCGACUCCUUCUCCUAGAGCAAUAUCUCCAUCUGCUCUAACAAAAGGUAAUAUUACGGGUACUAAUCAAAAAAGACAAAAUAAAACCCUUAAUAAUAACAAUAAUAAAGUUGGAGGUAGUAAAUCUUUAACUGACUUAUCAUAUUCGAAAAUAGACACUCAUACAGAUAAUAAUAUUCCAAGGACAUCGUCAAUAACCAUUGCUAACCAUUACGUUUCUUCUAACAAUUCAACCUUGAAAAGACCUUUGCAAGAUGAGCUUGCAAGCACUUCCAAAGAUGAACACCUACCGCCAGAAAAGAAAUUAAAAUCUAAUCUUUCUACUCCUAUUUCCAACAAUAGUAAUAAUAAUAUAUCAAGUACUCCUCUAACAAGACCUACCCCAGUGAAGCAAGAAUUAUACUAUCCAGGUGUUAAUAUAUUACCUUCUAUACCAACUCCAGUCAACUCAGAUAAUGAAUUUGAAAUUAUUCCACUUUUAAAUGAUUUAAUGAAACUAAGAAAAAAGCAAGAAAAGGAUAAAAUUAUGAAUGAUAUAAAUCAUCAAAGGCAACAAGAAAAACAAAAAUCAUUAUCGGAUAUUAGCUCAAGGAACCAAGUAUAUUUACUAAUGAAUGAAACAAUACCAUCGAAAAUACCGCAAGCUUUACCAUUGGCAGAAUUAAAAUAUAUGGCUCAAACAUUACCAUUAAUUAAUCUAAUCCCAAGAGCUCAUAAAGCUUUAACUACAGAUAUCAUCAAUGAUGCAUUAAAUGAGUCAAGAAUUACGGUGGUCGGUUCAAGAAUUGAAGAAUUAAGAAGAUUGGGUCUUUGGUCACUACGACAGCCUAAGAAAUUUAUUGAUUCCGCAAUGUUUAAUAAUCAACAUACCCACCAUUCAACAUUGCUCAAUGAAGCGAAAUGGAUGAGUACAGAUUUUAAAGAAUCUUUAAAUUUUAAAAUUGCAAUGUCGAUGGUGGUGGCAAAAGCUGUACAAGAUUAUUGGAAAUUUGGUAAGAUAGUUUGUAUCAAAGUUAAAGAGCCAAAUUAUCUUAUGUCUAUAAAUAUUAAUCCUGAUACUGUUACAACGACUGUUCCUACUAUUAACGAUAAUGAUGCAAACUUGAAUAAUGGAAACAAUUCUUUUGUCGAUGAUGUAUCCACAGCAUCCUCUAACGAGAAAGCCAACGAUAAUACCGAUGACAAAACUUCGAAUAAGGAGGAUAUAACAAUUGAGCGUAAAGCGGAAGAUGAAAAAUAUAUUGAUAUUUCAAAGUUACUAGAAAGACCAGAUCCAUCAAAGGAAAUUGUCCCAGUUGAGUUACCCUCAAUAUCAUUAGAAGAAUACGAACAACAUCUCCAAGAUGAAUUUAAUAAGGAUUCAAUGAAAUUAAUCCUAAACUCAAAUAACGAUCCGAUCUUGUCUCCAUUAGAAAAAACACUAUUAAAGGAAUUACCCAAGUAUAUCGGUAUCAGUGACCAUGAACUAACCAGUAGCCAAGACUCUUUACCAUUCACCCCAAUUUCGAAAGCUUUAGUUACAUUAGAUGAUGAACAUUUCUAUAAGUUAAUUGAAAAACAAGUAAUUGAUGAAGAACAAUCCAUUGCUCAAUUAAGUAAAAGAAGAGGUAUGUUUUACGGUAAUAGAAGAAGUCAUUAUUUGAGGCCUCCACCGGUACCUUCAUUACGUUAUUUACAAAAUCGAACUCCAACUAUUUGGUUACCAGAAGAUGAUCAAGAAUUAGUUAGAAAUAUAAAUUCAUAUGGUUAUAAUUGGGAACUAAUUAGCUCUCAUAUGAUCAGUGAUAGACCAAGCCAAAGUUUUAUGUCGAAUAUGGAAAGAAGAACUCCUUGGCAAUGUUUUGAAAGAUUCGUCCAAUUGAAUGAAAAAUUGAAUUUUAAUGAUUUGAAAGGGCCAAGAGCUCAUGCAGCACAACAGUGGCUGAUGGAAGCUCAUAAAUUUCAACAAGCCCAAAAUAGGAGAAUCUCACCACUUGGUGUUGGACCAGAUUCGAUACAAAGAGGACAUAAAAGAUUACGUUGGGCAAGUAUGUUUGAUUCGAUGAAGAAAAUAAUUAAGAAGCGGGAGAAUGCACCCAAACCAAACGCAACACAACCAAGAAAACCACUCGAUUGUAAGAAUAUGAAAGUUCCUACUCCAGCAGAAAUGUCAGAACUAAAAGCUCAACGUGACGAUGCGUUGAGAAGAGACAUUCAGUUAAGAAGAACAGCAAAGAAUAGAAUACAACAGAAGCAAAUACAAGCUGCUGCUGCCGCUGCGCAAAUUGCAUCUUCGCCUGGUGCUUUACCAACUUCCUCGCAAAACCAAAAAUCUAAUAGGUCGUCCACAUCCACUGGUAGAGCAAGAUCAAGUACACCUAAGCAAGUUCAGUCCUCUUCGUCCUUACCAAACAACGUCUUUAAUAAUAACAAUAAUAAUAUAGAUGUGAAUGGAACUAAUGCCGUAAAGAGAUCACUGAAUCAUAUUACUCAAUCUAAUUCAAAUCUUUCAUUGUCCUUGCCAUCGCCUCCCAAACAACCUACUGCUUCAAAUGCGGGCCCAACUCCUUCUUCAUCAGGUAGAGUCUAUACAGCAAGAGAAGUUAUUGAAACAUACAUGAGGAAGAUUAUGGCUCAAAAACCAGACAUCUCUCCCAAAAUGGCCAUGAAAGCGGCAGAAAAUUAUUACAACACUUUGAAAGAGCAAAAGCAACUGCAGCAACAACAUCAGUUGCAACAACAGCUGCAGUCUCAGUCUCCUACUCCCUCACAUGCAGUAACUACUUUAUCUUCUGCGCCACACCCUCAGCAACAGUUUCCAAAUGGUAACGGUAGUAAUCUGGGCUCCAUGCCAAACGUGAAUAACGUAUCUUCAAAGAUAAAAUCACCAACGCCGCAAGAAAUCUUGGAAAGAUCUCAACAACAAAAACAGGAGCCAUCUCAAUCUCAACCUCAACCUCCAUCUCAACCUCAAUCUCAAUCUCAAAUUGAAACUCUUCAGGGACCAUAA